AUGCCUACAACCAUUGACUUGACGGAUGAUGUUGCUUCUUCUAUGGGCAACGGAGCAGACCGCACACAACAGCUGCAAGCUGAACUUCUUGUAGUCGAUGAAGAGCUUGCCGUUGUUCAAGCUCAGAUUGACGAGUUAUAUGCGCAAAAGGCUCGGCUGGAUGGUCAGAGAUAUACAAUACAACGCCAGCUUCUAGACGCUGCUGAUCAGGCAAAGGCCGAGGAAACCCGAGUAUCCGCAAAGCAGAGGAAUUAUGCUAGUGAGAACUUUCCCUGGAGUCAACGGUUGCGAGAACUUGCGAAGAAUACGUUCGGGAUCACAAGCUUCAGGAGCAAGCAACUGGAGGUGAUGAAUGCUACGCUGGAUCAGAAGGAUGCCUUUUGUAUCAUGGCAACAGGGUCUGGAAAGUCUCUAUGCUACCAGCUACCUGCUCUCAUCUCGCCAGGGCUGACCGUAGUUAUUUCGCCCCUUGUGUCCCUUAUUCAGGACCAAGUACUCGAACUCAAAGCUCGCGGUGUUACGGCUGUAGCAGGAUUAUCAGCUGGAACCGAUAAGGACGAGCUGAAGGAUGCGACGGCGAGCAUGAGGUUGCAUCUCCUACCGAAGUCCAAGAAGCGAAAACACGAAGAUCUUAACGAAGAUGUUACUGAACCUGUUGAUGCCCUCAAGCUGGUCUAUGUUACGCCCGAGAGGAUAUCCAAGUCUAAGCGGUUCAUGAGCUUGCUUGAUCAGCUUGCGCAGGUUGGUAGGCUGGCACGGAUAGUCAUCGAUGAGGCACAUUGUGCAUCUCAGUAUGGCCACGACUUCCGACCAGAUUACAAUAAACUUGGCAUCUUGAAAACCCAGUUCCCAGACACUCCGGUUCUGGCGCUUACGGCGACUUGCAAUCCUCAGCUGUACUCUUCCGUCCUCUCGAUCCUGAAUCUUCACCCCUCUACAACGCUCUUAUACACAGGCUCUCUGAAUCGACCAAACCUUGCAUACUCAGUAAAGACUCGGGCAGCCUCUUUACCUGGCCUCGCUGUUAACAUCGUUGACUGGCUUGAGAAAACAGGAAAUCUGAAAAGCACCGGCAUCAUAUACUGCCUGACUCAAAAGGAAACCUUAGAAACAGCCAAGUUGCUUUCUCCGCAUGUUGCUUGCGCACCAUACCACGCUGGUCUUGAGGACGUGGAUCGCACGCGGAUUCAUCAACGCUGGCGUGAAGGCACGUACAAGGUAGUGGUUGCGACCUUGGCUUUCGGGAUGGGUAUCAACAAGCAAGACGUCCGAUACAUCAUACAUACGAGCCCUGCAAAGUCUAUAGAAGCGUACUAUCAAGAAAGUGGACGUGCUGGACGCGAUGGGAAAAGGGCUGAUUGUGUCUUGUACUACCGUCCUAGUGAUAUCACGAGGUUACUGUCCAUGGUGUACGGAGAACAGGAGGGAUCAAGAAACGCAAGGGGUAUCGUCAAGUAUUGUCAUCAAGUGCGAUGUCGACGAACUAUCUUGGCACAAUGGUUCGGAGCAAGGAAGGCUAUUAACAUGGGUGCCGGAGCGUGGGAUACGAGCUCGAUGUGGGGUCUCCUGCCACACCAGCGGGAUAUUGUCUUUAAUGACGAUCUGUCGAGUAUGUGUGACUUGAUUGACGAUAACGAGAAAUGCGAUGUAUGUGCAUCAGCUGAGGAAGAGACGCCCAAGAACCGGGACGUGACACGACUUACCGUAGCCGUCACGAAGCUACUGGAUCUUCACGCACAGCAGGAUGAGAAGGUAACGUUUAUCAUGCUGACUGAGGCUAUCUUCGGUCGAGGACUGAAGGCGGGCAUCAAAUCUAUCAUGCAGGAAGCAAUCCAGAAGGCAAAUGGCGCAGAAGACUCAAUAGGAUGGGCGUCCUAUGCAGAAUGGCCGUUGAAUGAAUCCAAAGUUCCUGGACAGGGAUGGACGAAGGACGAUGUAAACUAUCUGCUCACAGAGUACCUACUGACUGGCCUGGUGAAGGAGGACAUGCAUUUCACGCCCUACUCGACGGUAUGCUACAUCGUCAAUAGCAACGCUGGUAAGAGAAUCCUACAGAAGGCUGAGAUGAACAUGAUCGUCGAGGUGAUUGUGAUGGAAGCGCCACCACAACGAUGA